AUGUCUUCAACAGCCACUGCAAAGCAGGACAAACCAGUGAUAAAGCCUAUCAGAAAGAUGUCAGGACACGCGACUGGACUCAUCACUGGUAUCCUCCGGCUGCCCAGUCGCCGACCGCGGAUCCUUACCUCUUCACAAGAUGGUUCGAUUCGAGUCUGGGACUUGGAGAGCGGUACACAGGUUGGGGGUUCCUGGAAGGACGAAGGAAGUGGAGUAAUCCGCACCAUCUCAUUGUCGCCAGAUGGUACGACGGUAGCAAGCGGGAGUGCAGAUGGUGCAGUGAGAUUGUGGGACAUUCACACGGGUAAGGUUGUCAACAAAUGGACCGGCCACACAAAACUUGUGUGGUCUGUGUGUUGGAGUCCAGACGGAGGGCGAGUAGCGAGCGGAUCCCUGGAUCAUACAUUGAGAGUGUGGAAUGCCAAGAGUGGAGACAUAAUCCUUGGACCAAUCAAGGCAACAUCAAACAUGCCCGUCUUUGUUAGCUAUUCUCCCGACGGUACAAUGCUUGCGACGAACGGACACCAGCUGAAAAUAUGGGAUGCCAACACAGGCGAACUACUCAAAACAAUCGAGGGAAAAGUUUGGCGCAUGGCAUGGACUUCUGACAUGAAUGGAAAGACACUUAUCUCCAUCAUUGACGGCGGAAUCAAGAAGGUUGAUGUUGCUACUUGGACCGAAACUGCUUCUAUCAAGGGGCACAGCAGAGUCAAUUAUAUUUCAUUAUCUGUAAAUGAGCGCAUCCUCGCAAGCGCAUCAAACCAGAAAACAGCACGACUAUGGGACCUCGAAAACGAUAAGAUAGUCGGGCCACCCCUCUACCAUGAAGGGAUGGUGGGAGACGUGGUAUUUUCUGGAGAUGGAAGGUUCCUCGCCAGUGGUUGCGACGACGGCCGCAUAUACACAUGGGACGUAUCUGCCAUCAUCAAAGAAGCUGGUCUCGAUAGCCUCUUGUCGGACAAUAAUACUGUCAACAAAUCAAUGUCGAAUGCUGAUGCUACACGACGACGAGCCCCGAAAAUUGAAGGCCAUCGUCGCAUACCCCAAGGGUUUUUUAAUGAUUCCUUGCCAUCACGCGGGCCCAAUGCCGCACCACGCCAAUCUCACACCCCUCUCAGCUGGGCUCAAAAUCUCAUAUCUGGUAUGGUACGCAGACGAGAUGGAUCAAACGUCCAGUUGCCACCAAUAGUCGAGGUCCCGUUAACAGCGGGCAAGCCUAGAAAUUAUCAUGCAACAAAGAAGCCCUCUGCAAGUUCCUCUCGACCUACCAAACCUCCUACCACGCAGCAACCAAGCGGAGGAGCGACUCAAAGUAAUCUGUCAUCAUCACAGCAACCGCCUGCCACUGCCACGGCAUCCACCACACCUCCCGCAGAAAUUGCAAAUACUGCAUGCCUCGCGCUGGAAAAAUUUGUUCUGCAUAUCGUCCGCAGCGCAUGCCUCGCAUCUGAUGUCAUCGAAGUCGUGAUAACACGAUCACAGAAGCCCAGUGCAUUGUCUUUUGCUCACUCUUCUGGUGUUGAGAUCACUCAUUACCGCGAUGCGUUCUGA